UGCUUGGCACACUCAGCCGCCAACACUCUUCAACUCAAACCUCCCUGUUGUUUAACCGCCGCGACUUGAUCCUUUAGGAUAUAUUUUCUGAUACCACUUUGACCACCGGCUUCUAAGUUGUCUGCAAGCGCAAGUCGCUGAAAUGGGCAUGUUCAGCUCUUCCAAGUCGAAACAAUCGGGCCUGCGUCCGGACUCGAUCUUUUCACGCGGAUUGUCGCGUCGGAGUCGUAGUCGCAGUCCCGGAGAGGGCUCCCAGCAGUUUCCUCGAGACCCUCGGCAAUGUUCGAAUGCUACCUUAGAAUAUCCUCUAGAAGAUCCCCCAGCUUAUUCUCCUCAUGCUGAAACACCUAUGCCUGCUGCUGCCCUGGGUUCUGAUUCACCUUAUGCAUUUCUAACGCAAUUCGACACAGUUUUUCUCAUCGACGAUAGCGGAAGCAUGGCUGGACGUAGCUGGAGGGAAACUGAAGCCGCGUUGGUUGCCAUUGCGCCGAUCUGCACCGACCACGACGCUGACGGUGUUGAUAUCUAUUUCUUAAAUCAUACCAAUCCGCGCUCUUCUCCGGGCACAGGCGCGUACCAUGAUGUUACUUCGCCCGUUGAUGUCCGUGAGAUAUUCACCGCCGUGGCCCCGAGAGGCGCAACUCCAACUGGGAGAAAACUGGGACGUAUUCUGAAGCCGUACCUUGAGAGGCUGGAGCACUUAGUCAAACUUCACCCUUCUGCCAGCUCGGAUACGCUGGUUCGGCCGCUCAACAUCAUUGUCAUCACCGACGGCGUCCCGACUGACGACGUGGAAAGCGUUGUUGUGAGUGCGGCACGGAGAUUGGACCAGUUGAAUGCCCAAGCAUGGCAAGUUGGGAUCCAGUUUUUCCAGGUUGGGAAUGAGCCCGAUGCUGCCGAGGAUCUGCGUGAACUCGACGACGCCCUUGCAGGCGAACGGGGUAUCCGGGACAUGGUGGAUACGGUGCCAUGGUCCCCACAGAACGGCGGGACACUUACCGCAGAUGGUAUCCUGAAGGUGGUACUCGGCGCUGUGCACAGGAAAUAUGAUCGUAGGAACGCUGCGGGAAGGAGAACGUAG